AGCUAUUUUCAAAUAAGUUCUUAAUUUAGUCCCAACUCUCAAAUUUACCCCUCAUGGAACAACUGAGCUACCCCUGUCCCCUGCUGUCAAAAUUACCGCUAUUUCUAAUAAAAUUUGAUAGAAGUUCACCAGUCUCGGGGAGGGGGAGAAAUGGAGCCAGGGGAGCCACGGUGCUCACCUCAAGCUGCAGGCAGCGGCGCCGCCGUAGGGGGCGGCGGAGGAGAUCGCUACGCUUUACAGCCGACACGAAUCCACUGCGAAGAUAUACUUUUCUGCGUUGAUGUUGACAAGGAAUCCAUGGUCGAUAUGAAAACUACGACUGCGAGUGGGCGGCACUAUACCCGAAUCGAUUCUAUCAAGCAAGCUAUCAUCUUCUUCGUCACCGCCAAGCUCACCAUUAACCCUGAUCACCGAUUCGCCUAUGUCGGUCUUGGAAAAUCUGCUUUCUGGCUCCAAAAAGAGUUCAGUAAUGACGCGGAUUCUCCAAUAUCUGCAUUCCGGGCCAUCUCAAUCGAUACAUCAUCUGGCCAUGCUGACCUAACCCAACUAUUUAGAGUGGCUGCUCAUGAAGCAAAAAAGUCUCGUGCUCAGAAUAGGAUACUCAGGGUGAUUCUACUGUACUGCAGGUCAUCAACACCGCCAACACAUCAAUGGCCUGCAACUCAGAAGCUAUUCACAUUGGAUGCAAUAUACCUCCAUGACAAGCCAGGACCUGAUAACUGUCCACAAAAGGUGUAUGAUGCCCUAGUGGAGGCCCUUGAACUGGUCAGCGAUUACGAGGGUUACAUAUUCGAGAGUGGGCAGGGGAGUCUUCGUGUUUUCCUUCGCCACAUGGCUGUUCUCUUGUCCCACCCCCAGCAGCGCUGCAUGCAGGACUACAUUGACCUGCCCAAAUCCCUGACCAAGAAGUCACCCGUGCCCGAAUCUGCCACACCGGCUGAUGAGAAUGCCGCGGCAUCCACUCAGUAGAUUGGACUAGAUGUGUGGUUUUGUUGAUAUUGUGCUUUCUUUUUUCUUGCUGGCUUCCUCUUAGCUCUCUUGUUAGUGGUGCCAAAUGUGACUUGGGGAAAAUGUUCAGAAUCUGUGUGUUGUCUUGUGUAGAACUCUCUCUACCCUUUUUUUGUCUUUUGAAAAUGAAGAAAUUGCAUUUCAUAAAUGAAAGUUUGCAUGAAAGGAAGGAUUAAGGUUUGGCCUUUUAAUGGUGAUGGGCUUUGGAUUGGUU